AUGCGGCCGCUCUGGCUGCUCCUCGCCUCGCUCGCGGCCGCCUACGAGUUCCUGGCGGACUGCGGCGCGGGCGGCGACUGCGGCGACGCUGCCUGCUUCCUCGACCUGACGGCCGUCCAGCUGACGACGCGCUACCUCGAAGUGUCGCUCGAGUUCGUGCGCGUCGCCGACGGCGCGCGCGAGCCGUUCCGCGGCAGCGGGAGCCUCGGGCUGUGGGCCGUGGCCGCGGACGACGGGUCCGAGUGGCAGCCGCCCUACCGGCAGGACGAGGUCCGGGGCGCGGGCACGCUGAGGCUCUGGGUCGACGGGCUCCCGGACCUCGGGGGAACGCUCCACGCCAACUUCGGCGGCCUCAGCGAGCGCUUCUGCAACGGCUCCUGGUUCUACGCGCACGCCGCCGUCGACGUGACGAAGGCGACCUUCGCGGACGACGUGGCCGUCGCCGAGGACGCGACGCCGGUCGGGACGCGCGUCGGCCGGCAGCGCGGCGGCCUCGUGCUCGUCGACGGCGUCGGCGAGGAGCCCAACGGCCUGCCCAUCCGCCUGUCCCUGCCCGCGACGCGGAGCGCGCUCGUCCGCGAGGCGCUCGCGGCCGUCGAGCGCCACCGGCUCUGGGCGCGGCCCCUCGGGGACUGCGGCGCGGGCGACCGGCUCUGCGUCGCGGAGCGCCUCGCGGACGAGGUCGUGCGGCCCGUGCCCGAGCCGCGGUGCCGCCUGCGCUUCGACCGGCCGCGCGACGGCGAGGUCGAGAGCCUGUCGCAGCUCGACGCGGAGCUAUCCGUGGAGCGCUACGACGACGGCUCCGGCGGCUGGGUCCGCCUCGGCCGCUUCGCGGGCGAGCUCUUCGUCGACGCCUGGGCGAGCGACGCCGGCACGGCCCUGGGCACCUGGGCGCCCAUGAGCGCCUGGAUCGACGUGCCGCCGGAGGACGAGGGGAACUUCUUCUUCCACCUCGUCCCGCCGGCGAGGCGGCCCGGCGGCGGCGGGUCGUCGCGGCGCGGCGCGCGCGGCGAGGUCACGGUCAACGCGGCGCUGCGGGGCCGCAUCGAGGGCUGCGGCGAGCCGGGCUGGCUCCACGCGACGACGCGGUCCGUGUACCGGCCCUUCCACGAGCCGGACCCGCCCGCGCCCGUCCUCGACCGCGCGGCGCUCGCGGCGCGGCCGGACGCGCGCGCGGCGCUCGGGCUGACCUGCGCCUACGCGUCGAUCCUCUACGACACGUCCGAGGACACGGGCUACGCCCACGGCCUGCUGGCGCUGCGGCGGUCCCUCGUCGAGGCCGGCGCGGCCGACCCGCUCUACGCGCUCCUCGGCGACGGCGUCGACGCGCGGACGCGCGGCGCGCUGUCGACCGCGGGGCUCCUGCUCGUCGACGCGGGCGGCGCGGCGGCGCCGGGCGAGCCCGCGGCGGCGCUGCCCAUGCUGGGCGUGGGGCAAUGGGCGAAGCUCCAGCUCUGGAAGCUGCCCGCGGACCGCGUGUUGUACCUGGACGCGGACGUCGUCGUCCUGCGCAACGUCGACGAGCUCUUCGCCGCGCUCGAACGGCGCGGCGGGCCGCCGGCGCCGCUGGCCGCCGUCGACGACUACUUCUCCGGGGGCGUGCUCUUCCUGGCGCCGAACGCGGCCGAAGAGCGCGCGUUCGCGGCGACGCUGGCGCAGGACUCCGGGCGCUACGUCUACGGCGAGCAGGAUUUCCUCAACGUCCACUUCGGCGGCGCGCACGCGCGCCUCGACGCGCAGUACAAGUGCCUCACGGAGAGCGUGCUCAAGGGCGAGCGCGACGCGGCGACGUGCGCGGUGCUCGAGUUCAGCAGCUGCCCGGGCAUGGACGGCAUGAUGGCCUGGAAGCCCUGGCACGGCACGGCCAUGUUCGACGCGGCGUUCGAAGUCUGCGGGCGGCGGAUCAACGGCGACCUCGCGGCGCUCGCGGCGCGUUGGCGCGGCUUCCACCGCCGCGCGCUCGCGGACCUCGCGGCCCGCGGCGCGUCGCUCGCCCCGGCGCCGGCCUACGGCCGCUACCCGAGCCACCGCGUCGCCAAGUACCGGGACGAGUGGUAUGGGAGAGCGAAUUCCACGUUCCCCUACGAAGACUUGUUAACUUCAAGAUGA